AUGUCUGCUCCAGCCCACAACUAUAAAGUCGCUGAUAUCUCUUUAGCUGCCUUUGGUAGAAAAGAUAUUGAAUUAUCUGAAAAUGAAAUGCCAGGUUUAAUGUACAUCAGAAAGAAGUACGGUCCAUCUCAACCAUUGAAAGGUGCUAGAGUUGCUGGUUGUUUACAUAUGACCAUUCAAACUGCUGUUUUGAUUGAAACUUUGGUUGCUUUAGGUGCUGAAGUUACCUGGUCUUCUUGUAACAUUUUCUCAACUCAAGAUCACGCUGCUGCUGCCAUUGCUGCUGCUGGUGUUCCAGUUUUCGCUUGGAAAGGUGAAACUGAUGAAGAAUAUGAAUGGUGUAUUGAACAACAAUUAUUUGCUUUCAAGGAUAACAAAAAAUUAAACUUGAUUUUAGAUGAUGGUGGUGAUUUAACUACUUUAGUUCAUGAAAAAUACCCAGAAAUGUUAGAUGACUGUUUCGGUUUAUCUGAAGAAACUACCACUGGUGUUCACCAUUUAUAUAAAAUGUUAAGAGAUGGUAAAUUGAAAGUUCCAGCUAUUAAUGUUAACGAUUCUGUUACCAAAUCUAAAUUCGAUAACUUAUACGGUUGUCGUGAAUCUUUAAUCGAUGGUAUUAAAAGAGCCACUGAUGUUAUGAUUGCUGGUAAAGUUGCCAUUGUUGCUGGUUUCGGUGAUGUUGGUAAAGGUUGUGCCAUGGCCUUAAGAGGUAUGGGUGCUAGAGUCAUUGUUACCGAAAUUGAUCCAAUCAAUGCUUUACAAGCCGCUGUUUCUGGUUACCAAGUUGCUCCAUUGGAUGAAGUUGCUUCUAUUGGUCAAAUCUUUGUUACCACUACUGGUUGUCGUGAUAUCAUCACUGGUACUCAUUUCGAACAAAUGCCAGAAGAUGCUAUUGUUUGUAACAUUGGUCACUUUGAUAUCGAAAUUGAUGUUGCUUGGUUAAAAGCUAAUGCUGAAUCUGUUGUUAACAUCAAACCUCAAGUUGACAGAUACUUAAUGAAAAAUGGUCGUCAUAUUAUCUUAUUAGCUGAAGGUAGAUUAGUCAACUUGGGUUGUGCCACCGGUCACUCUUCUUUCGUUAUGUCUUGUUCUUUCUCUAAUCAAGUUUUAGCUCAAAUUGCUUUAUUCAAAGCUGAUGAUGAACAAUUCAGAACUCAAUUCCCAGAAUUCGGUAAGAACUCUAAAUUUGAAUUAGGUGUUCACUUAUUACCAAAAAUCUUGGAUGAAACCGUUGCUAAAUGUCACUUAGACCACUUGGGUGCUAGAUUAACCACCUUAACUGACGUUCAAGCUGAAUACUUGGGUAUUCCUCAAGAAGGUCCAUUCAAAGCUGAAAUUUACAAAUAUUAG